AUGAAAGAUUUGAUUAAAGUCUACGAAAAGAUGAAAGUUUCUGGAUCGAAGCUACAAUUAUUCUUUUUAAAAUUUAUGAAGGCUCUGUUUUAUAUCUAUAUUAUCGAAGCCAAAUUAGUCUUUAUAUGUAUUGUAGUUCCUAAUCAGUCUGUAUAUGUAUUGUAUUUCCUAUUCUUUUCAUUGAGUGUUUGUUUGGCUGAUCGGUGCAAUGGUGCAAUGGUUGGAGGAAGUUUGCACCAAAUUUUGGUGCAAUUUGGUGCAAUGGUUGGAGUUGCCCUUAGCAUAUCUUCUAUGAACUCUUUCAUUCUUGUUAUGAACCUCAACAAGAUCCAGGACAAGGAGGGUAUUCCUCCAGACCAGCAGAGGCUAAUCUUUGCUGGUAAGCAGCUUGAAGAUGGACGUACAUUGGCUGAUUACAACAUUCAGAAGGAAUCUACCCUUCACUUGGUGUUGAGGCUUCGUGGUGGUAUGCAAAUAUUCGUCAAAACGCUCACCGGGAAGACUAUUACCCUCGAGGUGGAGAGCUCUGACACCAUAGAUAAUGUCAAGGCUAAGAUCCAGGACAAGGAGGGGAUCCCACCAGACCAGCAGAGGUUGAUCUUUGCCGGAAAGCAGCUGGAUGAUGGAAGGACUUUGGCUGAUUACAAUAUCCAGAAGGAAUCUACCCUUCACCUUGUUCUCCGUCUCAGAGGCGGUUUCUGAAUGUUUUGGUCUUAUUGAAUGUUCCAAACUCCAUGCUUACUUUUGCUUCAAACUUUUAUGCAUGUUUUUUCUUUAAGCCUGUUAAAGGCGUAUGAAGUUUUAUGGUGAUGUGUUUUAGUAUAUGAAUAAAACUCGUGUUUAAAGUUUA